AUGAAGUCAGUUGACCUUGAAGCUAAAUAUGGUAAAAAGCGUGCAAAGAAGAUGUUAAAAAUGGAAGAACUUAAGCAACAUGGGAAGGUGGAAUGGAACCCACGUGAUAGAGUUGGCGAUACGAAUAUAAAGGAGUUGGAUGCAGACGAUAUAGAUAUUAAGUUUAGACCUCGUAUAGAAAAAUUGCACUUUCUCAACAAAUCCAUAUAUGAUAUGACUGAGGAUGAAUUUUAUGGAUCAUUUUUCCGUGACCGGGAACGUCAAUAUGAUGGCAAGGAGAAGAAGCUGCACCAGCUUGAAACGCAAAUCCUCAAAGAACAACAGGCUGCGCUAUCAGCUGCGCCUAGAACACGUAUCGCACCCAGACAUUACUGGGUUGAUGCUAUCAGUCCUAACGUUUGUGUGAGGACGUUAUUACGAUUCUUGCAGAUAGUUUCUAAGGUUCAGCUAAGUCCAACUCAACAUGUGAGGAGACUAGUCGACCAUAUCCAUCGUCGUCGUGCUGAGAUGAAACCUAAGCAUUAUGUGUUUUUGUUCCAGGCAUUGGGAAGGCUGCGCUUACGUGACCAGCGUCUGUAUGACGACCUUUACGAGAUGCUAUUAUGUUGGUCAGUAUUGCGUAAUAACUUUCUCAUAAAGGCCGCCAACGCCCUUGCUAAGCUUGGGGUAUGUGAUUCGCUGUUAUUGCAACCGUUGCGCCAAGUCCUUGCUAAGAGGAUCGAUGUAUUUUCGGCAACAGAUUGUCUGCGUAUUAAGGCUAUAACGGUGUUAGAUUUGUUUGAUGAUGUUAUGGUAAUUGAUUUCCUCUCUCGAUGCGAAUUUUACAAACAACAUUUCCGGCACUAUUCACGCAAUCUGGAACUUAUAGAGUUGUAUAUCCGUCUACAGAAAAGCGACUUGUAUGACAAGCUGGAUGACACUAUUAAACAAUUCCUGAUCGAUACCCGUGAGCAGUCGCUCUCUAAGAAAUUGGCGGAAAAUGAUACAUCAGACACGGGUUGCUACAGGGUAAAUGAGGAUGACAACGUACCAAAGUCGCACGUAUUCCACUGUUCGUAUCACGAGGAUGUCAGCAGGAUUCUUACGCUGAUGAAUGUCGAUCAUCGUAAUUACGUGAUUGCAGGCCCAUUUAUUCUAGAUGUGUAUGAACCGAAGUCCAAUACCGUUAUUGAGAUUAAUAGCGAGUAUCAGUACUAUCACGGUACUACACAUCUUACAGCUACAGCUCGGAGAUUGAUGUUUUUAAUAAAACGUUUUGCGGCGCUCUAUGUGCCCAGUAGAUCGCUGCAAACAAGCGCGUGUCUUCUAGCGCCGAAACAGAAGGGCAAGAAGGAUGCGGGUAGUUCGCAGAGAGUAACGGCUGCGGCGCCAGAUACCGCAGCGGAUGAACAUUUGUUCAACAUCUAUGCUGGAAUACCGGAGGACCAUACAAUCUUGCCAGAUGAAGCCUACCCUAAAUGGUUAUGGGACCUCGAUAAGCCAGACAAGACUUACGGCGAGCUAAUGAAAAUGUUUGUAUAUGGUCAUGAUAUAGAGACGGCGCGUAUGUGUGAUUACAAGCGUUUCAGACGAUUACACAACCGAGCGUUGAUAAAAUUGAACAAUCUUCGUUUGCAGAAGCAGCGGAAGUUCCAGAUAAAGGGUUAUCUCUGGGACAACUGA